UUAUUUUAUUUAUCUGUAUCUUAUGUUUUCUCGAAAUAAAUAAUUUGAUAUUUUUUAAACAUACACUUUUAAUCAAAUCAUUCCGAGCAAAAUGUUUUUUUAUUUGUGAUUAAACUAUAUAAUAUCUUUAUAUAUCUGAUUUAGUGGAUACAAAUAUUCAUAAAAGGCACAAAAACUGCGAUACGAAUCGUUAAAAUGUCUGCUGAAUCUGAUAUGGAAUAUUCGGAUAAUGAUGGAGAUGAUUAUGAUUACUACGGAGGGCAAGAUGAUUGUGAUAUGGAAACAGUAGACCGUAGUAAAUCAGAUCCAGAAUAUUUCUCGUUUUCGUGCUUAAGAGUAGAAGAAGUCGAGAAAUUGUUAAAUGAAUCGAUAGAGUUACUCAGCAAUAGCCUUCAAAUUACGCCCUCGCUAGCAAAGGUAAUGCUGCACGCAUACGAGUGGAAAGCCCAAGAAAUUAUAAAUAAAUACAAAGAAAACGCUAAUGAAGUUUUGGUAUACAGUCGUGUAAAACCACGAUUGCCUCUGGCUCAAGGGAAUACAGGGCGCUCGAUAUGUGCUGUAUGUGCCAGUACCCCUCCAUUACAAAAAUAUAGUGCCCUUGCCUGUGGGCAUUACUUUUGCAAUGACUGCUGGGCAAUGCACUUUGAAGUACAAAUUAUGCAAGGUGUAUCUAAUACUAUCCAGUGUAUGGCUCAGGACUGUGAAGUAAGAGCACCAGAAGAUUUUGUGUUAUCUCAUGUGUCGAAACCAGCAUUAAGAGAACGCUACCAACAGUUCAUGUUUAAAGAUCAUGUAAAAUCUCACCCACAACUUAGGUUUUGCCCAGGACCUAAUUGCCAGUGGAUUUACCAAGCUUGGGUAAGAGAGGGGGCACGUCGUGUUGAGUGUCAAGGCUGUGAACUAUUAACUUGCUUUUCAUGUGGAGCACCACAUCAUGCUCCUACUGAUUGCUCGACAAUCCGUCGUUGGCUUACAAAAUGUGCUGAUGAUUCAGAAACAGCCAAUUAUAUUAGCGCUCACACUAAGGAUUGUCCUAAAUGCCAGAUUUGCAUUGAAAAGAAUGGUGGUUGCAAUCACAUGCAAUGUGGAGCUUGCCGACAUGACUUUUGUUGGGUAUGCUUAGGUGAUUGGAGAAGUCAUGGCUCAGAGUAUUAUGAAUGCAGCCGUUACAAAGAAGAUCCUAAUUUAGCUAAUGAUAGUCAACAUGCACAGGCAAGAGAGGCUCUAAAAAAAUAUUUGCACUACUAUGAACGAUGGGAGAAUCAUGCAAGGUCUUUGAAAUUGGAAGAACAGACCCUUGCAAGUUUGAAAAGCCGUAUUAACCAAAAGGUUAUGGCAGGUGAGGGGACAUGGAUUGAUUGGCAGUACCUUUGGGAUGCAGCAAGAUUACUGAAACGUUGCAGAUAUACACUUCAAUACACUUAUCCCUUUGCAUAUUACAUGGAUGUUGGUCCUAGGAAAGAACUUUUUGAAUAUCAACAGGCACAACUAGAAGCUGAAAUUGAAAAUCUAUCAUGGAAAGUAGAAAGAGCAGAAACAACAGACAGAGGAGACUUAGAAAAUCAAAUGGAUAUAGCAGAAAAGAGGAGAACUACUCUGCUCAAAGACUUUUUAGAAUUCAAUACUAAUAGCGCCUCCAGUAGCAGAAUAUGAGAAAAUGAUAACAAAAAGUCCAAAUAAAUAAGGGCAAUAAGCACCUUUAUUAUAACAUUAAAGCUAGGUAUUUUCUUUUGCCAAAGUAUAUUUAUUAACAAGACUUUGCAAUAAAAUAGUGGAAAAUGA